UUUUGCUGGGCUCCUCCUUCCUAUGCAGCAGAAGCAGUUCUGUGCUCCCACGCCCAUCAUCUGUCAUGUCUUGAUGAGUUCAGUCUUAUUCAAAGCCUCUGGAUAAGAAACAUCUAUCUGAAGCUGGGGCCCUCCCCCUGUCUGGCUGGGGCAGGAGUGGGCAGGAUUGGAGGCCAAGCUCUUCCGCUUUCCCAGCGGCGGUUGAUGCAGAAACCCCACGUCGCCCACACAUCCUGUGCACUUGUCUCUGCUGCGGGGCUCUGACCUUCCACCGCAGGACCAUGACCCCCCAUCCCACCGCCCUGCUGGGCCUCGUGCUCUGUCUGGGCCCGACGAUCCCCGCGCAGAGGGGUCUCUAGCUCCGCUCCAUGCUCUAAACUCAGCUCACGUCCAGCACCGCCGAGGUGACCCCGAGCCUUCCGCGUCAGCCUGAGGCCCCCGGCGCCCCCGGCGGGGCAUGUUAGAGGCACGAAGGGCGGGAUCUGAGCUUCUUCCAACCGCGCCUUCUCUGUCCCCGAGGCACCUUCACAGACCGUCCAUCUCAGCCAAGCCCGGCCCUGUGGUCCGCCGGGGGAGCUCGGUGACCUUCGUGUGCCGGGGCCCUUCCAGCGUGGACACAUUUCGCCUGGAGAAGGAGAGAGGGCCCUUCAACGAGACAGUGUGUGGAAAGGAGACUCCUCACAAUGAGACAGAGGCCAGAUUCCCCAUCGCCUCAGCGAGUGAACACGACGCAGGACGUUAUCGCUGCAUCUAUCUGAAAAGGUCCGUGUGGUCUGAGCGCAGCGAAUUCCUGGAGCUGAAGUCACAGGGCAGAAGUCAGCCAGUGCAGACAGACUCCAGACCCCAGCUCUUCACCGCCCGGGACACCCCUGGCCCGUCAGGCCUGCAGUCUGAGCACCUUUACAUUCUCGUUGGGGUGUCCGUGGCCUUUCUGCUCUGCGUCCUCCUCCUGGGCCUCUUCCUCCUCCACCGUCAGCGUCGCGGAAAGCGCAGGACCCCCGGCAGUGAGAGCGAGGAGCAGAAGCCGCAGGAGAGGCUCAGCCCAGGUGUUGAUGCCCUACAGAGAGCGCCAGGUGCGGCCGCAGAGGAGAGACUCCCUGAGGACAGAGAGGCGGGCCCCCCAGUGAGUCCUUGCAUCAGCUGCCUACUGCUGCCUAACAAAGGAGCCCAAGUUUACAGCUUAACGAAGUUGUCUGAGUUUCCUCGUUCAGGAGUUCAGGUUCCAGCUGCAGGAGACCCCCAGGAAGUGACGUAUGCUCAGCUGAACCACCAGACACUCACACAAGGGGCAGCCCGAGCUGUGUCCCCACAGCCCACGGGGCCCCCAGCCGAGUCCAGCAUGUACGCAGUCAUUUCCAGAUGCUGACCCUGGGCCCACCUGCACCUGCACCCUGGGGACCCAGGAAGUCACCCUUGGGGAGCUUUCCCAGUGGCAUGAUCCCUGCCUGGAAAGCCGGCAGCCACAUCUCCUGGGACAGAGGUGGAGCCUGGAAGCCCCUGACCCACCUCUAAGAGAUCCACCCACCAGGGGAUCCCUCCCCCAGCUGAUGGGCUCUCUGGAGAGACCCUGCGGCAGCUGUUUCCACUGACCUGUCACAGGAGCGGAGCUGCUCCCAGAGACCCAGCUACAGCCACCCAUUGGGCCUGAUGUCCCCUAUACAUUCCUGACUGCCCCCCGAGACUCCACUUAAAUUAUGUUCCCAGCCAACCCUAGAGUUUCCUGGAGUUUCCUUGCCAGCCUCAAGACACAGUCUUCUUCCAGCUGGAAACUCAGAACUGAUCCGUGCAUCGUGCUUUCCUCUGUCCACCAAUAAAUAUUUUCUGAGGCCUGA